UGAAGUGUGUUGGCAAGUAAACAAACCUGGAUUUAAAAGGCGUUUAGUUCUGGUGUAAACAUGACUUUAGUUUGUUUACAAGAAAACUCCACUGGACGCGUGUCUUUGACUGGUCACUUAUUUUGAAAAUAUACCCCCGGACCGCUGCUGUCCAAUCACGUGAGCCUUGGUGCUGGGACGGGCCGAUUUAACUGGGUAGACUGAUACCCAGACUGGUAGUUUUGCAGUUUUUCGCUGCGACCACUAGAGGGCAGUGGACUCUGAUGAAGUGAACAGUCCUGUGGUGAGGUUCACAUCCUCACGGUGACCACCAGGGGGCAGCAAACACAAGCGAGAGACAGCAUCCCAGUCACAGUUAGCACUUUCUGUCCAUAAAACAUUCACAGUCCUAGCGUUUGCCUCCAUCUUGUUUGUCAAAGUGUAUGAUUGAUGAUUAAUAUUCAAACCCAACAGUCAUACUGACAUGAACGUCUUUAUGCAAACCUCCUGGCGUCAGUACUGAUGAGAAUGAAUAUCUGCGUUGUUCCCAGUGGACUGUGUGGUUGUAACUGGUGCAUUGUUGGGAUUGUGCUCCAUCAGCAGAAACACAGCAGGAUGGAGACAGAAAAAAGCUGCAGAAAGUUAACCACAGUACACCAAGACAAUGCAGGAAAUGGGAUCACGAUUCACCAAAAUAAGAGCAUGACUAUCACGUGCUUCUAUACAAGUAAUCAGAAGUAACUGUAAUACUGUAAUAAGUAUCAUUUUUUUGUGUGUGUGUUUGAACGGUACACACACACACACACACACACACACAGAAAUCUCUCUGCAAAAGCUCCCAUUGGACUUUUAUUUUGAAAGCACUGCUUUUAUCUUCGCUUAGCUUCACACUGCUGGAAGAUGGAGAGGAAAGAAGCUACUGUGCUGCACACACACACACACACACACACAGUCUUAAAGCACCCCUCCCUUUCCUUUCACCUCUUGCAGUAGAACAGACUGAGCUGCUGCACCAACAUCCACUGCUCUGCAUCACCUGAAGUCAGCUGUGUUACACAAAGCCGACAGCCUAAAGAGCCGCCCCACCAUUUUCCAAAGAUCAGACAGGGUGUUUCUUCCUGUUCCUAUUCUGCAUCUGAUUUUUUUUAUUUUUCACUGCUCACACUCCUGGACUGUACCUCCCGCACCUCCUGCAGAGACACCAUGAACAUCACCCUGCAGCUUCCUGUAGACUAGGACCAGAUUCUUCUAGAAGAGCAGGAGGAAUUCUGUCAUGUUGGUGGUGUUGCAGCCUUUCACACGUUUUCUGCAGCUGGAGUUUCAAUCAGCAAGCAGAAGCCGUUUGUCCUUAAUGAAGCACUCAAAGGCUUAUCCAGACUGAUGUUUUCAACACUUUGUGAGAAGAUCCUGACGAGCUGUUUGAAGGGGAGAAUCAGGAGUUUGAAUCGAGUGGUGAACGGCUUGACUUUUCAUUUCAGAGAGGAGAUGAAGUAAGCCACAGAUGGUUUGUUUUAUUGUGGACUGAAGUGUGUGAAGCUCCACUAACAUGGCUGCUCUGUGGUCAAAGUGUGUGUGUGUGUGUGUGUGUGGUGAAGCUGAGGCAGAGAGGGACAAACACACACAUUUUAAAGCUCUUUUUGAUCCUGUUCCUCCUCCCACCACAGUCUUGUUCAGCAGCUGCAGGUUAGCUUAAAGUUGGAGGUGUCCAGGUGUGCGAUGGAGCUCAGUGAUGCUGCUGAUGACCAGAAAACCAGCAAGUGGACCACCGUGAGCCCCGAUGUGACUGAAGGAGUCAGCCGUGAUGACUGCACAUCAUUUCACUCCUGGACACUCAAACAUUAAUGCCGUAGUGUUCAUAAUAAUGAUAAUAAUUUUGUUUUUGCACAUUUAGAAUCUGCCCAAGCUGCUCUGUGAUCAGAUUGUUUUCUUGAUUCCAGCUCGUCGCUCGUCUCGUUUCGACGUACUGACACUCGGGAGGAAGACUCGAACAAGUUUGCACUGAAAGCGGUCGGAUUAUUCUCAUCCUUAUGCUCAAAUCUUUUACUUCUCAGACUCAGUGAUGAGCCAAAACCACUUGAUAAGAUGAACUGGCAGACUCAAUGUCCAAAAUAUUGUUUUUGGUGGUGCUAAUUAAAUGCAUAAGUCCUGGACACAUGUUUGUCCCAUCCAUCCCGGGACACCAACAGACUGAAUCAGGAUGACACUGACCAGCCAUUAUCCAGUAUUUAAUAACAGGUCUGUAUCAAGUCAAUACAUCAGCUAACUAAUGGUCUGACCGCAGCAUGAAAUAAACAUCAUCAAGCUCGGAGUCAUUACGCUGCUGCUGCAGAGCUAAAAACAACAGACUGAUGGCUCUAAUGGCCGUCUCUUCCUGCUAAUUUUCCCUCCUGACUCCUGAGUGUCCGACGCGGCUCGAUGCUGCUAAUUCUGCCUCUUACUGCAAAAAGAAGCCAAGAAACUGCAGCUUAAUUGCUGUUUAGGCCCGCAGCCCUUCAGCGAUCCUCCAGGGUUUCAUUCAGGACCUGUCAGCUCCGCUUCAGCUCUGAAUGUCACCAGGAAUGAAAAGGGGGAUAAAAUCCCCAAACUUCACCUGCCAGCUGAGUCUUUAUGUGAGACGAAGGCUUUUUGCUUGCGUAAAGACGUCAUUUCAGUUCAUUUUAGUAAAGUUUUCUAUUCAACAGGGAAAAUGUCUUCUUCUUGGUUCUCUUUGUCAAGCCUGUAGAUCCCAGUCAGCGUCUGGUUUGGACUGAGAUAGUCUGCGUCCUCAGCUGGUUGAACCCUCCGUCUUGUUUUUUGGAUAUUUUUCUGAUUCAGACAACUUAAAGAUGUCUAAAACAGUGAGACUGGUCACAGACAGCAAUUCCUGAACAACGUCGUGUUGUUUCACCUUCCUGCUCACAUCUGUGGCUGAUUACAAUCAAAACUCCAUAAAACCUCAAACCAUCAGUGACCAGCAGGACUCAAAUCAAAUCCAGACUGAGCUCGUGUCCACCUACAUAGAAGACCAGGAGCCAGAAAGCUCAGCAGCUGCUCAGAGAAGCUCGUUGAGUCACUGCAGCAGAUCACUGACCUCCGGCCCACACAAGGAUCCGCCUGAUUUAAAUCAUGUGCUCGAGGCAACAACAACGUUCUUCUUCCUGCUCCCGUUGCUUCCGCCGCUCAUCAAAGUGAGAGCAGAUCGGCAUUUCAAAGCGAUCUCGUCAGCUGUUGUGAAGCUCUCAGCUGACUCACACAGGGUUAAAGUUGCAUUGAAAGUUUGUUUGGAAGCGUUUCCAUCCACCUGCUUUGUGAAGGGAAGUUUUCAGUGUGUGAGGAGCUGGUGUAUCAUUAAAAACAAACAGCAGCACACUGAUACAUGAAACUAACACACAUGCCAGCAUGUUUUCCGCUUGGCUUUCUGUCAUUCGAGCUCUUUCAGUGGAGAACAAGUUGCACCUCCCGUCCACCUCAAACAACCAGCUGAACCCGCUGAUUGUUUGUUCACAUUUUCUUUUGCCCUAUUUCUCAAGUAAAAAACUUAAUUCACUUCCAUUUGAAGCCAGUUUCUGUUUUUUUACUGCUGGGGAUCAGCUGUAGUUUGGUCCAAAAAUCUGCGAGUGUCUUUGGAUCUGAUUUUGUCCUUCACUGAAAGCUGCACAGAGACAGUCAGUUCUCAUCGGGAUCAGCAGGACUUUCUGCUCACAUGGAAGCUUUUCUUUAGAGUUGGCAUCAAAGUGGAGUUUGGCUUCUUUCAAUGCUGUCCAUUUCUAUACUGUUGUUGACUGUUUAAAUAUUUAAAUCGACCAUCUGGUGUUUCGGCCGCCAAAUACUAAAGCCUCCAUGUCUUUGAUUCAUUUCAGAGCUCACCCUGCCCUCAGCUUGUCUUCAACACUUAGUUUUGUCUUCACCGUCUGAUGGCCACCAGUUCCAACGUCGCCCAGCCAUUCAGCAACAUGGAGGAGUCCCAGCAUCCAGACCAGCCAAUCAGCACGCAGCAGGAUGGAGAAGCCGACCACACCACCGUCACUUCUCAACCGGUCAGCGCAGAGCAGGAAGCCCCGCCCCCGACGGCAGAACAGCCACAGGAGGACAAGAACAUGGACCACCUGUCGGUGAUCAGCGACAACGUGGAGACCAGUAACGGCCUCGGUCCCGUGAUGGUUGACUCGUCUCCCACAGUGUCCUCCGUGUCGCCCAAACUGCACGCUAAGCCAGGCGGUCACGCUAACGGUCGGCCUGGCCUGAGCAGCCGGUCCGGCUCGGUGGCGGCGGGCUCGCCCAGGCCUUCGCUUACCCGACAGCCUAGUGCCAUCACAGAAGCCCCUGCAGAUGGGUCCAAGCCCAGGGACUACCUGAUCCUGGCCAUCCUGUCCUGUUUCUGCCCGCUGUGGCCCAUCAACAUCGUCGCCCUCACCUUCUCCGUGAUGUCCCGAAACAGUCUGCAGCAAGGCAACGUUGACGGAGCUCGCCGUUUGGGCCGCAAUGCCAUGGUUCUGUCCGUCGUCUCCAUCUUAGGUGGGAUCGCCAUCAUCACCGCCGCCAUCGCCCUCAACUGGGGCCUCAUAUUAAAAUCCUGAUUAAAGUCAUCUGGAAUGACGAGGCCGACUUCACGACAUCUGACCGACGCGACACCUUUCCCUCUGAUUUCCUGAAGCACUAUUGUUCUCGAGCACCCGCACCAGAUAAAACAAGUCUGUUCCUGUACUUUGCUAUUGUUUCUUGCUGCACGACGAGCAUGAUCUGCCUGACGCUCUACCUCUGACACGACCAACCAACCAUCCAACCAACUAACCAACCGACCCGCUGCUGACACCAACGCCCGCUGGAAAACGACAAAAGGAUGGACGCCAAAUUUCAUUCUGUGGUAGCAGCUCAUCUCCUCCUCAGACCACUUUCUCUCACUGAUGAACACGUGUGUCUGUUAUCAUGGAAAUGGACACUGUCUAAUGGGAUUAUUGUGAUCUCUACUUGAGUCUCCGCAGUCCAGUAUGGUGCAGACUUGAGGACUUGUCGUUCACUUUUUGAUGCCAAAACUGAGGAAGUGAAGCUGGGACAUAAUGCUGCUGCGAUCGUUCAACAGGAAGUGGAGACGAAUGAACGGUUCAGAGAGAAGACACACACAGACUGACCUGUUUUCUGGGAAAAGGUGGACUGUUUCUUCAUCCAUCUGUUCCUGUUCCUGUUUCUGACACACACGACAUAAAGGUGGACGCGUCCUGCUGCUCGACGUCUUCUUCUGUGGUUGAUGUUCCACUAACACCAGGUUUUCUUCCAACCUUUACAACAAGUGUUUUGUGUUUUACUGGCCAAAUGCUGAAUAAAUUAGUAUCUACAACAGGCUGAGUUACACCAACAACAGUUAACUUUUAACUUUUCAGUUAAAGUUUAAAGUUUAACAGGCCAAAGUUAAAGGACAAAGCUGUCCAUAUUCUAUACUUUUCUUAUUCAGUCAGUAAAUGUGAAGACUCAAGCCACCAACGUUUUAGUCCGUCCCAUCUGUGAUCUCGGCUCCAGGCCCACUGGUUCCUGCUGAAUAGUUAAAAACAUCUCUCAGAUCAGUUUCUUUUUAAAGCAGAACCAUCGCCUUCUGCGUGUUUGCCUCUCAGUCAAAAAAGCUUGCCAAUUCAACUCAGUUCAGUUUUUUAUGUAGCUGCAAAUCACAACAGAAGUUGUCUCAAUACACAUUCCAGUUAGAGCAGGUCGAGACCAAGCUGGAGCUCCGUGACAAACUGCUGAAAAGGUUCUCUUCUAACGCUGAAUGUUUAGCUGUCGUUACAAAGGCCGAUGGAUGCCGAAUGACGUUUUCUUGCCCCUGGAAGAGAACCUGGAAGUGGUUUGUGUUCUGGUUUUAAACCUCUUAAACCAAUAUCUGUCUGUUGCAAUAUCGCAUUUGUUAAGGCUGCUGAAACAGAAAGAUUACGAUGAUAUUAUUACAUCUUUGAAUUACAUCUAAUUCAGCUGGAGACAUCCCUCCACUCUGCCGUCAUUUCUUGCUCUCAGCUAUCUAUACAAUUGAUGACUAUGUACUUUAUAAUAUAUAAUACUUUAUAAUUAUAUACUUUGGCUCUCUCUAACUCUAUGAGAGAUAGAGGUUGUGACGAGAGAGAUAAAGUCUGCGUUGUGGAGUCGGCUGUGGUUGUUGGGAUGUUUAAGUGCAAGUUAAUUUUGACCAGUUGGUUGUUGUUGGGCAGGGCUUUGCUAAGGCGGGUUGUUAACAGUAAACCUGUGCCAAACUGCAGAGUGUGUGCCAGCCCUUUGAGAUGUAUGCACUAACAGACUCUGUGGCCACAUGCACAAAAUAAGUUGUUGUUUUGGAACCAAAUCAGUCACUUCUCCUACUAUAAUCUGUGCAUGUUUACAGUAUUUAUUACAGGACACUUUUACAUAAGACUGUAGCCUCAUUUAGCUGGAGAGCUAACUGAGUAGCACUUUGUAAAUAAAUACAACUAUGAGAAAUCGUAACAUGUCCGCCCAGUGAAGACAUCUCCUUUCUCUCUUUGCGUUGUCAUGGAGACGUGACUGACUUACCACCAAAAAUGCACAUAACUUUUUAAAACAUGUUGCUGCCGUGAAAGCUCUGCUCGACACAUUGGAAUUUUGCACCAAUCAGAUGGCGUCUUUGUGCAGAGGUGAGGUCAGGUGAGGUCAGGCUCAGAAGUGGGGGAGGAAGGGAGACUCCUGUCAGGUCACCUCCACCUGGCUCACACCGUCACUUCACUCACUCCUGUGAUGUAUGUAGCAUGCCUGUUUACAAAUCAUAUUAUGCAACCAAAUGGUACCAGCUCAAUGUCAGUAUGAAUGCUAGCUUCCCUGAUUUUGCUCUGAUUGUGUACUUGUACACAUCUUUGUGUAUGAAAUUUGCUUGCGCUACCUCUCAGAGUUGCCUACAGUGUUUUAUCAAUGCGCCUCACAUUGUUUCACGUUGAUUUGAACUGACUGUUAAAUCCCUUGCGCUGUUUGUUUUGCUCUUAAGUGUUACUGUUGGAGGUUUUCACUGCUAACUGCUCUGUAAGAACCCAGCUGUUCUGAGGAACAUGUCUGGUAACCGAUGAAGACGUUUAGUGAGAUUUCAGAUGAUACAAGAGCAGAGAAGCACUAAGAUAAGUUAAUCCUUUAUUGGUCCCACAGUAUCCGAGACUUUUUAUAUGAAAUUCAAGCUGCCAUUACAAUGUGGUAAAAGUGAAAUAUUACCAACUCAAAAUUCACAUGAUGAAAUAAUCUCUCAAUAAUGAGUCAUCUAAUUUACUGUGAAUUUAGCCAACUCUCAUAGUUAGCAGUGAACAGAGGCUAGGCUAUCGUUGUUAGCUAACACAUCAUAGAGGAAACUGGCUAGCCGAACCGAAACUGUCCCAAGUGAACACUAACUGUAACUCCUAAUUGUCACAGUAGGAUAAUCUGUUUUUGCGGCUUGUAUAAAACAAAAAAAUCUAAAUACUUUACUGUACUAACGGUGGACUGUUCUUGUUCUUUUAACUUAGCAAAGUAAGCUAGCUAGCGGUGCAGAACAGAUGAUGGCGACAUAAAACCAACUGAAACGUAAUCUGUUGGGUUUGACACAGAAAAAUCCUCAGUUACUUUGUGAAAUGUAAUGAGACUGUUAACUUGUAAUGUUAGCUUGUCAUCGUGGCGCCAAAAACACACAGAACAACAUAAUUUAUCAAAGUAGCUGUUCUUGAAAGGAGAAAGCUGCCUCCUAACAAUCCUAAAAGAGAAAGUGAAAACAUGACAUUAAUUCACUAUGAAAGGCAUUCACUUUGAAUUAAUGGUCUUUCUCAAAUUUUACGGUCUCAUUUCAGCAACAGCUCAUGCUUAAUUAAAACGUCAUAAAUAGGACAAAAUAAAAUUCAUAUCAAACAUGUAAUGGAGAACCAGACCUGACGUGUUAAAAUGUGAACAUAUUUGAAGCUAUAUCAGUUAAUUCAAGCUCAUGAUUAACUGAAUUAAAUUAAAAGUCUGAUUUAGCACUUUUUCAAACUAAAUUUCGGAACAAAACAAGCAGAGUUUCCUUCAACAGACUGUGAAGGUGCAUUAGGAGCUGUAGAUGGGAACAGGAUCAGUCCUAUAGCACAGUGGUAAAUAUAACACAGAGAGAUGCCUUGACUUUAAUUAUUGAGUGGAAAUUCAGAAAAUCUUUGGUGGAACUUCUCAUUUCAAACACAGUUUACUGUACAGAUGUGUAACUGUUGUAUUUUGUGAAGUCCAGUUCAUUUGAAUCCUCUCGUGAGAGUUCAUUUGGUUUCACUCCUGUCUAUCAUUUCUUUUGUAGACGCUCUUUCGGCACCUGAUUAUCUUGGUAUUUUUAUAUUUCUACCCCCCAUUCUCCUGAUCUCUUUUGUAUUUACGUGAUAAUUUACUGUUUGUGAUGCUCGGUAUAAUCUGCUUCCUGACUGCUUUUUAUAAUUGCAAGGUGGGGAGAGGACGCUGUAAGCAUGAGUAGACCAACUUUAUUAUGUCUUUCUCUUAUUGCUGAUUACUGUUUCCUGACACUGGACUCUUUUUGUGCCUGUGCAUGCCUUAAAUUGACUGCUUUAUGAAGCAUACAGAAUGAGUAUGGGUGUACACAAUGCAUUUAUCAAAGACACUAUUGAUCUUGACUACUGAUGUUGAGUAUCUGCUUGUGUUUGAAGGGAAUAAAACCCAGUUAAAUACGUCUUCCUCUGAGUCUGCAGGCUCAUGAAUCAGACUGAAGGUAAUUAAACACCAGGACCUUUUUGGAUGGGACACUCAGUGGAGAUUAAAUUCAUGUGAUGUUACAUUUAGAGCCAUCACUAACUACAUAAUCACAGCUCUGUCGGAGGGAAACAGAAUAUUGUUUUCAGUCACAAGACCAUAAGGGAGUCACUAAAGUCAGUAGGAUUCAUUCUGCGGUGACAUUAAAUGUCUGUAUCAGAUUUAACACGGGGCUGCCGACCGCCACGCACCGAGCCUGACGAGGCUGAGCCAUCACUUGAACCAGGCUUUAAUGUACAUCCAGUGUAAAGACAUGUGCAUCAGAUCAAACACACACUGUCACCCGGGAGACUGAAGUUUGCAUCCCACGUGAAAGGAAACAUGACUUUUCUGAAGCAAAAUAACUGAAUAUUAGUAGAUAAUAUAAUGUGGAUCUUACAACAACCUCAUUGGCUUUCUAUGAUACGAUAACACCGAACUGUCAAAGUCUUUCUACUGACAUCCAACAUGUUGAAGCU